AUGCUGCUGACGAGCACAUAUUACUCAGAUAUGCCGAACCAGCACUACGCCACCCACGCACCCGUUCGAUCCUCACCAUUACGCGAACGUUCCGCGAAUGCCGGCGCAGGGCUAUUCGAGCUCAGUAUGGCAUCUCAGCCCAGCGAGAAGUCUUUUUCGCAAUCACCCCGCGCGUAUAAGGCGAUUCCAGCAUUACAGACACGCGACACAGCCACGAAAAGGCGGAGAGAUAUGUUUUUCAAGCGUGUGCAGAACAACCGACAGGACAAGAGAUGGGAGUCCCGAGGCGAACAAAUUCAGCAGUUAGACUUCGUCACGGAGCGCAAGCGGUGGGAAAGCAAAAAGGCACAAGAAGCCCCGCCAGAGGAGCAUGAGACGGACGAGGAACUCUUGAGCGACGCGAUGCUGUCAUCGUCUUCAUACGUAAUGCCACAGCCCGAGCCAGAGAUGACCGAGGCGGAUCACCUACUGGCACAAGAGGAGUUCGAGCUUCAACAGCUGAUUGCUUCAAUGGAGCAGGAGCCGAGUCAAGAUAUGUCACAUCACUACGGCAGUGAUGACGAGGACUAUGACUCGAUUUUCAUGCAGUGUUCGACACGUGUUGAUUGGGGGUAUAAGCAGCAGCAGCAGCAGCAAAAGCGUUCUGACUAUGAACCUGGAGAAGCAGAUGACAUGGACAUGACGGACGGUUGA